AUUCAACUAUUAAGCGCCUCCCAGUUCCUCUAAAGGACAUUAUAAUGCAAGGAACCUCCUUUUUAACCACAAACCGAAUUUGCUUUCAUUUAGGCCAUAUAUAUUUUUUAAAUAGUUUAAAGUCAUAGAGAUUUUUUUGGAAAAGCAUUUCGCCCUGGAGCGGUGCGCGAUGCUUUCGCACGCCGACCUGCUGGAUGCUCGCCUCGGUGAGUUAUCAACGCCAAACUCCGGUCUGCAACUCUACUCGAUGCUCGGUGUUGAUUUUGAGCUCACUCAGUUUCCACCUGUUUUCUCUGCUUCAGGGAUGAAGGAUGCCGCGGCCGAGCUUCUGGGUCACAGGGAGGCUUUGAAAUGCAGGCUGGGUGGCGGCGGAACUGACCCGGGCCACCCCGGAGAACUCGCCCCGGUCUCCGACGCGGUGGAAGGGGCCACCCUUCUCCCGGGAGACGAUAUCAACAGUGCUGGAUCCAAUCCGCCGGGUGUAGCGGUGAACAGUAAGGAACAGGAGAAGCAACAGCAGCAGCAACAGAACCCCACCCAGUCCGGCAGCCAGCAGAGUCAGAAACAGAAACGCCACCGGACUCGCUUUACUCCGGCUCAGCUUAACGAGCUGGAACGCAGCUUCGCCAAAACCCACUAUCCGGACAUCUUCAUGCGGGAGGAGCUGGCGCUUCGGAUCGGCUUGACGGAAUCACGCGUGCAGGUUUGGUUUCAGAACCGACGCGCCAAAUGGAAGAAGCGCAAGAAGACCACCAACGUGUUCAGAGCUCCCGGCACUUUGCUGCCCACUCACCACGGGCUACCGCAGUUCCCCUCCGCCGCGGCGGCCGCGGCAGCCAUGGGCGACAGCCUGUGCUCUUUUCACGCUAAUGACACCCGCUGGGCGGCGGCCGGGAUGCCGGGAGUGUCACAGCUGCAGUUACCGCCCGCCCUAGGCCGACAACAAGCCAUGGCACAGUCUCUAUCCCAGUGCAGCCUGGGCGCCGGACCACCACCCAACUCCAUGAGCCUGUCCAACAUGUCCUCCAACGGCUCCGGCCUCCAGUCCCACCUCUACCAACCCACCUUCCCCGGUAUGGUGCCCGCGUCGCUCUCUGGCCCCACCAACGUGACCGGCUCGCCUCAGCUGUGUAGCUCCCCGGACACUGACGUCUGGAGAGGGACGAGCAUCGCGUCCCUGCGCCGCAAAGCGCUUGAGCACACAGUGUCCAUGAGUUUCACCUAAUACUUUGACGUGGUUCACCUCCUGUUUCUCGUCCUCCCGUCAUUUCUGGCCCUGUGACGCACAAGGAAGUCUAAGGAUACGACUGUCCUGUAGUAAACAUGAACUGUGCGCACCUGAUGGAAAUAAAACCUAAAGCAUCAUAGGCUGAAAAACAAAAAAACAAAAACAAAGUUUAUUUAUUUAUGUCCUAUUUAUUUAAUAAUUUAUUUUUAUUUAUUAGCACUUUCGUUUUGCAGAUUAAAAAAUGUCAGCAACAUGGACAGAAAACAAUCUGCACAUGUAUUCGUUUGCUUUCGAGAAACAAGGCGAGAGACGGUGCACUCGUUUUUAUUAUUAUUACUAUCAUUAUUAUCACGGAAGAAUUCGUUCAAAUUUUAUGACUGUUUUAUGAAACGGUGGAAGAAAGAAAGGAAAAUAUCUCAAAAAGAAUUAAGAAACUUGACUGCAUGUGCCGACCAAGGUAAACAACAACACCACAACGGGGAAAUGUCAUUUAAAAAGAAAAGUAUGACUUUGUUAUAUGCUGUUAUAUAGGAUGUUUUGUGUAGAUAAAGCAUUCUUAACUUGUUCCCAUUCGGUCAGUUUGUGAUAUGUUCUAAGUUAAUGUAUGUGCUUAUACCAAUAUAAAUUUCUUAAAUGUUUGAUCUUCUUCUUAACGGCUGUUUUGUUUCCUGAACAUGUUUAUAACGAUUGAAUGUAAAUUAACGAA